CCUGAAGGAAUCCAAGGGCAGCCGGCGAUGGCUACUGUUUCUGGAAGGAGGCUGGUACUGCUUCAACCGGGAGAACUGCGACUCCCGAUAUGACACCAUGCGGCGCCUCAUGAGCUCCAAGGACUGGCCGCUCACUCGAACAGGCACGGGGAUCCUGUCCUCCCAGCCAGAGGAGAACCCCCACUGGUGGAACGCCAACAUGGUCUUCAUCCCCUACUGCUCCAGCGAUGUCUGGAGUGGGGCUUCAUCCAAGUCUGAGAAGAACGAGUACGCCUUCAUGGGCGCCCUCAUCAUCCAGGAGGUUGUGCGAGAGCUCCUGGGCAAAGGGUUGAGCGGGGCCAAGGUGCUGCUGCUGGCAGGGAGCAGCGCGGGGGGCACAGGAGUGCUGCUGAACGUGGACCGCGUGGCCGAGCAGCUGGAGGAGCUGGGCUAUCCAGCCAUCCAGGUGCGGGGCCUGGCUGACUCUGGCUGGUUCCUGGACAACAAGCAGUACCGCCGCACAGACUGCAUCGACACCAUCACCUGCGCGCCCACGGAGGCCAUCCGCCGGGGCAUCAGGUACUGGAAUGGGGUGGUCCCGGAGCGCUGUAGGCGCCAGUUCAAGGAGGGCGAGGAGUGGAACUGCUUCUUUGGCUACAAAGUCUACCCGACCCUGCGCUGCCCGGUGUUCGUGGUACAGUGGCUGUUUGACGAGGCCCAGCUGACUGUGGACAAUGUGCACCUCACGGGGCAGCCGGUGCAGGAGGGCCAGUGGCUGUACAUCCAAAACCUGGGCCGUGAGCUGCGGAACACACUCAAGGACGUGCCGGCCAGCUUUGCCCCUGCCUGCCUCUCCCACGAGAUCAUCAUCCGAAGCCACUGGACAGACGUCCAGGUAAAGGGGACCUCGCUGCCCCGGGCACUGCACUGCUGGGACAGAAGCCUCCACGACAGCCACAAGGCCAGCAAAGCGCCCCUGAAGGGCUGCCCCAUCCACCUGGUGGACAGCUGCCCCUGGCCCCACUGCAACCCCUCUUGCCCCACCAUCCGGGACCAGUUCACGGGGCAGGAGAUGAACGUGGCCCAGUUCCUGAUGCACAUGGGCUUCGACGUGCAGACAGUGGCACAGCAGCAGGGCCUGGAGCCCAGUAAACUGCUGGGGAUGCUGAGCAGCGGGAGCUAGG